CGGCACAGCUGAGACCACAGAGUAAGUUCCACGGUUGUAUGUAAAGGCUUCCAUGACCCUUGCAGCCACAUCUGCCAGGCGGGCACACAAACUGCCAGCUCUCUAUGGCUAUGAUGGAGUUACCCAGGCACCAGCCCAGCCAGCACAUUGUUCCACGUGUACGUCCUGUUCUGCUCUGGCUUGGUCAAUAUUGGCUCCUGGGAACUUGUUUUCCUGGUGCAACAAAGCAGCCCUGUGCUGUGUGCUGGCAGCAGGCUCAGAAGGUUCCCGGGGUCCUGCUCUGAAGCUGUUUCUGAAGAGGAAGAAGACAAGAUGCAGAACAGCUCCAUCACACUCAGGCUGCACAGUUUACAGCUGCUCUUUUCCAGCACGUGGAAAUAUGGGAUCCUGGCAUUAGCCAUCCUCUUGCUCCUGGGGGCCCUGACCAUCCUGGCUUACCAGAUGUGCCAGCUUCAGAAGCACAGCAGGACUGGGAGAAAGAAGAAAUACAACAGUGGAGACGGGGUGAAGAUGAGGGCAGAGAAUGGCCUGUGGGAGAAGAAGAUGCCGCCUCUUCUGCUCGGUAGCAGCCAGCAGAGUGACACGGAUGUGGAGAUGGUGGAGCUGGGAGCAGAGCUGGAUGCACCCCAUCCCUGCCUCUCCUGCAGCAUCACUGAAGACCCAAUCAGUGACCUGAGUCCCUUGCCCAGCUCCCAGGGCAGUCUGAAGUUCUCCCUCCUGUACUGCAGGGAGCAACGUGAGCUGCUGGUGAGCGGCCUGGAGGUGCAGGGCCUGCCCAACCACAGGCACACUGAGGUGGCCGUUUGGCUCCGACUGCUGCAGCGGGUCCCAUCCCACAUCCCUGGGCUCCAGUGUGUGGUUCAGGAGUGGCAGAGCCGAGCAGUGAAGAACUGCGGCAGGACAACCUUUGGGGAGCACUUCGUCUGUUCCCUGCAGGAUGCUGAGAUGGAGAGGAGCACCCUGAAGAUGGAGGUCCAACAUUUUGACAAAUACUCCAGGAAUGCUGCACUGGGGGAAGUGAGGGUUGCCCUGAGCCAGCUAAAGGCUUCCCAGAGCCUGGUUUUGUGUGCGGAACUGCAGAAGACCACAAAGGAUAUCGUGGGAGAGGUGCUGCUGUCACUGAAGUGCCUGCCCAUCUCCCAGAAGAUGGAGGUGGGGCUGCUCAAGGCAAAAACCACCCCCCCUCACAGAGCUGCAGAGAAGAGUGUAUACGCCAGGAUAGAUGUUUCCUGCAGACGCCACAGGCAGAAGCACCAGAAAUCCAGGCCACAGGCACACACUUCACUCAUCAUUUUCAACGAGACCUUCCUGUUCCCCAUGCCCCAGACAGCAGCGUGGGACUGUUCUGUGCUCAUCUCCCUUUAUGAAGUGGGCCCCGAGCCCAGGCACCUCAUUGGGCAGGCCAGUGUGGGCAGGAACAUGGCAAGGGAUGCAGCUGGUCACUGGGACCUCAUGGCCAAGUCCAUCCAGCAGCCUGUAGCCCAGUGGCACCCCCUUCUCAUUUAGAGGGGAGGACUACUGCAGCUCUUCACAGUGGUCUGGCUGAGUUUUUUGAGCAGCAAUCACAGUGAAUGAAUCAGAGCUUGGCAUACUUGGUAAGAUGCAGGUAACUUCUCCUUUAGCUUCCUCCUACUGCUUCUGCUGCUCCUGGUGGUCCCACAUCACCCUCAGUAAAGCAGUAGGAUCUCAGCGCUGGAGGAGACUUGUCCCUGUGGAAGGAAAUAGUGCCUGCCCUACAACGCCCAUUGCCCUAAGUAGGCAAGAGGAAAAAGGGAUGGGAGGAGGAGUCCCUGCCCCUAUUCAUUAAAUAAGGAGGCACCAAAAGGUGAUUUGCCUCAGUUCAAACCAGACAUGCAUGCUGGGACAGAUAUGCUUGUAGAGCUGGGUAAGCUCUAUCUUAUCUGUAUCUAUCUUAACUUUCUGAAUUUUGAUGUUUUUUGGCCUUGGAGAAUUUCUGGGGCACAUUCAUUUUAUGUUGGAGUUGCAAAUAAAUAAAUGUAAAGGCAAAAAGACAUUUCACAGCUUAAAAUGUCA